CGCAUACUGUUCACUCCACUUCCCCACGCGUUGCUUUCUGAGUUCUUGCUUGAGCAGGCCAACCCUCCACAGAUCUACGUCCACUCUGCUGUGUAAAGGUCAAUACUCUUUCAUUCAGAUUUAGUAGUCUAUCAUGUCAGAACAACCAUCCCAGACCAUACUCUCUGGAGAGAUCAACACGGCGACAAGGUCUCUCCAUACCACUCUCAAUCGUCUCAUAACCUCGCGGCUACCUCUUGCCCUACCACCGCACGCCUCAGAUCCAAGCCUCUACGCUACUGGCCUUCUCCAUUUCGCCCAUGUCUUCUUCACCUUUGAAUCGCUCUGGGCCGAUCUGACGCAGGCACCAUCCGAUGAUCCCACAUCACCUCUACUGUCCUUCCUGCUUGUAAAUCCAUACGAUAGCCCAGAACUUUUCAGCACGCCACCCUCUGCCGAGAUGCUCCAGUUUUUAACAACAUUACGACCGAAAGGCCUGGCGAGGUCAGCGCGCCUCAAGAACGACCUGGGGUUUUUGACCGCAUUACAUCCUACCGACUUGAGCGUUUUGUUGGCACAAUACCCGGGAGAGAAGGUGGAGGAGUACUGCGCGCACAUUCGCAAGGCCGUGAGACACAAGCCACACGUCCUCGUUGCGUACGCCUGGUGUUACUACAUGGCGGUUUUCUCUGGCGGACGAUGGAUACGAGCUCAACUCGUAGCUGGCGGGGACGACUUUUGGCAAAGACCAACGAGCGAUGACAACAGUGCUGGCGGGGACGAGGUAGCUCCACUAUCGGAGCGUGGACUCUCGCUUUGGUACUUCGAUGGGCCCCACGAUGGCGAGAACAUCAAGUCUGAUUUCAAGGAUCGGCUGGCCGCGGCAGAGGAACUCUUCUCACCGAGCGAACGUAUUGAUGUAAUUGAAGAAGCAAAAACCAUCUUCGCUCUCAGUGCUAGUCUCGUCGACGAGCUCGACGCCAAGGCAGGCACCCAGCUUCAGAAUCUGCCGCAUGAGGCACAUUCGAAAAAGCAAGAUACGAAACAUACAUUCGAAGCGGGAAGUCAGAAGUCAAGCUUGAAAGUCACUAAAGCAUCUGAUCUACAGACAUGGUUGAAGAGGCCUGAGGUCACGGGUGCAGUCGUUGCCUUGGGCUGUUUAGCAUGUGUAGCAAUUCUGCGAAUAGUUGGAUAGUGGAACUUUUAUGGGUUUGGACGUCAUCGGAGUAUGUUUGCAUGUAUCACAGCAGCAUCACUUUUCCGAGCCGGGAGUUAUCGGUGUUACUGUUUAUUGAAAGAUACCCACCUACAUUGAGACCAACAAUCAUGCUAUGUAAAUGCAGAAAAACAAAGCUAAAUAUUGAAGAAGUGCACGUGCGAUAACCCACGUGGGGAACAAUGGUUACAUGAUCGGCGGCUAAUUACGGCGACACAGUCAUGCCAUAAGCG